AUGGAUAUCGACGCAAUAAAUGCUCUUCCUUGUGAGGACUUUGUGAAUAUUUUUGGUAAUGUGGUGGAGAAAUGUCCCCUUAUAACAGCUGCUGUGUGGUCGAGGCGUCCAUUUGCGAACCUGACUGCUCUGGAGGCUGCUAUUAGUGAGUUCAUCGACGCCCUUCCAGAGUCAGGUAAAGAAGGGAUCCUCAGGUGUUACCCAGACCUCGCAGGCAGGGACCUUCAGGGCGACACCUUGACCCGGGAGUCGCGCGAGGAGCAUGCCCGAGCCGGACUGGACGCGCUGAGCUCGGGAGAAGCCUUGCGCAUGAGCCGGCUCAACUGGGAGUACAAGGUGCGUUUUGGGUUCCCGUUUGUCAUCUGCGCUCGGAUGAACGACAAGGCUAACAUCUUACAGCAGCUGACCGAGCGCUGCCGGAACGAGCGCACGGUGGAGAGGGCGCGCGGCAUCGAGGAGGUGAAGAAGAUAUCCCACCUGCGUCUCCAAAGCCUGGUGCUCCCCGACGCUCCCAACGCUCCCAACAAGUUAUGAACCUUAACUACUGCAGGGUGGUGGAUUUCACCUGUGUCAUCUGGUGUAAAGACUCAAACGUUAUAAAACUAUUUGCUUUAUUCC